AUGGCGGCUAACGCGAUAGCUGUGAGCGCGGUGAGCAGGGCACGCGCCCUCAUGGCCGCGGCGCGCGCUCGGGGGUCGCGCCGCGCUGACUGCCCGCGACACUACACUACACCGCCGUCUAUCGACCACGGCACGAGCAUGCGCGCGGCAACCCUAGUGUUGCUAGUCGAAAAAGCUCCCUACGACCCAUACCAUUAUUAA